AUGACGUCCAACCCCCGCCAGAACUACGCGCAGCCCAACGCCGGAUACAAGGGACAUAACAUGCACAACAACUACAGCGGCGGCCAGGGUCAUGGAGCAAACCAGUACCUUCCUCGAGGUCUGCCCAUGUCUCCCAACGGUGAGCCGAACAUGCAGAGUCUGACGAACAAUUUGGCAGCUCUCAACAUGCACGCCUCAUACGGAUCAACCUCGACCUCCAAGUCCGCUGUCUCGGGCAUGUCGGGCAACUCCUCCGAGUAUAACAACGUCCACCAGCUCCAGGGUCAGAGCCUCUGGGUCCCUAACCAGCACGUCCUCGGCAACAUCUACCAGAUGAUGCCUGGUGGCCAGCAGCAGACCGGCAUGACUCCCUCACCUAACAUGUACAAUCAUACCACUGCCUACGUCCCUCACACCUCCUACCAGUAUGGCCAGGCCGUCGACAACAACCUUAUGCCACCAGGCUGGGCAGGGCGCAUGCCUACUGGCGACAUGCCGUCGCUCAUGACUCCUCGUCGCGACUCGAUCUCUUCCAACGAAAACGACAUCCCCGGCACCCCAUACGGCAGCACCGGUGGCAUGUACCGCUAUGGCGCUGGUGCAACUAUCAUGGACCGCUCGCCGAGCGCAGUAUACACGAGCAGCGCAACCCCCUCGCCGUCAUCGUUGGCCCAUCCCUACCAGCUGAUGGCCCCUAUGGCGAAGCAGCAGCAGAGCAUGCCCCAGCUUCCUCCCAAGCUUCUUGCCCUGGUUCAUCAGGAGCCUGGCAUCCCGCGAGCCAUCCCUGCCCCGAGCUCGCCUCACAAGCCGCUCGAUCGGAGCCUUGAGAACAAGACUGGCGAGACCAACGUGUACAUCCGAGGCCUGCUGCCAGAAACAACCGACGAGAUGCUCCAGGCCUGGGGUAAGCGCUUCGGUGACAUUCAAAGCUCCAAGUCCAUUAUCGACAACAAGUCCCAGCUGUGCAAGGGCUUUGGGUUCAUCAAGUACCACAACUUCGAAGACGCCGAGGACUGUAUCCGCGGCUUCCACUACCUUGGCUACGAGGUCAGCUUCGCUCGGGAAUCAUUCUACUCCAAGCUCAAGAAGUUCUCCGAUGAGUGCAACACCAACCUCUACGUCUCAAAUAUCCCCAAGAACUUCAACGAGCAUUCCCUGUACCUUCAUGCUAACCUGCCCAGUUUCGAGACUCGGGACAUCUGCGACGACGUGAUCCGUGACUACAACAACAAGGCUGUUUCGAAACCCGGUGGCGAAGAGCACCUCAUCCAGAUCCGCUUCUCCGACACACAUGAGCAGAAGAUGCUCAAGCAGCAGACUGCCGCCGGUCGUGUCUUUCGUGCCGCCGAGUACGAAGUCGGUGUUGCCCAGGCUAGGGCACUGGGCACGCCUGACCGCUACCAGUCCAUCUCGCCGGUCUCCCAGAACGGUACCAACGAGUUCGAGAUGUUCAUGCAGCGUGGCUACCGACCUCCUUGGGCCCCCACCGUCCCUUCCACGCUUGGUACCGCCCGCCCAACCAUGUACCAGAUGAGCCAAGCUGGAGCUUUGAAGAGUGACGACGGUGUUUCCGAGAACGGUGGCGGUGUUCAGACGAACCCCGCGACACCCGUUAAGGUCGAGGCCCUUUCCACCACCGGUCGCGAGGAUUAG